CACAUCAACGGGAGUGCAUUGAUUGUAUUCCCAAUCACCCAUAAACCCUCCCGCACCCUAACACUCCUCUCCACGCUCGCCGUCGACACUGUAGUUCUUUUCUUUUCCGCUACAGCAAGCCACCCCAGACCCCCAAUCCUUCUAUUUCACUCAACCCAUAGCCAUACCCAUAACCUUAACCCCAAUUACUCAACAAAACAAAACCCUAACUUGAAAUUCUUUCAAUCCAAACAAAACCUCACAGAUUCCGUCGUCGUUUUCCACAAUGAUGCUCAGAAUCAGAAGCCGCGACGGCCUCGAGCGAGUAGCAGUGGAAAACCCUCACGCGACAGUUUCUCAACUUAAAUCGAUUAUUCAAACACAACUUGGAAUUCCGGUGGAGAAUCAAACGCUCUCUACCAAUCAGAACCUUCUUCUUUCCAAGUCUCUAGAAGAUCUCGUUCGAUUCACCGACAUGACUAACCCCGACGCUACUCUCUCCUCCCUCGGCGUCUCCCACGGCUCAAUCCUCUUCCUCUCCUACGCCGGCGACCGCCGCGGCGUCCCCGGCCCUCCCGCCGCCUUCAGUCCCGCCGGCUCCUUUGGCCGCAAGAUGACUAUGGAUGACCUAAUCGCCAAGCAGAUGCGCGUCACGCGCCAGGAGCAACCGCACUGCGAGCUCGUCUCGUUCGAUCGUGAUUGCGCCAACGCGUUCCAGAAUUACGUCAACGAAACUCUAGCUUUUGCCGUUAAGCGCGGCGGGUUCAUGUACGGCACCGUUUCGGAGGAAGGCAAAGUCGAGGUGGACUUCAUCUACGAGCCGCCUCAGCAGGGUACGGAGGAGAAUUUGGUAAUUUUCAGGGACCCUGAGGAGGAGAAGCUUGUGGAUGCUAUUGCUGUGGGAUUGGGGAUGAGGAAGGUAGGGUUUAUAUUCACGCAGACGAUAAGCCAGGACAAGAAGGAUUAUACUUUAUCGAAUAGGGAGGUUCUUCAGGCAGCGGAGUUUCAUUCGGAGAGUGGGUUGAAGGAGUGGGUCACUGCGGUUGUGAAGUUGGAGGUGAAUGAGGAUAGUAUGGGCGCUGAUGUGCACUUUGAGGCGUUUCAGAUGAGCGACAUGUGUGUUAGGUUGUUUAAGGAAGGGUGGUUUGAGACGGAGAUCAAGGACGACGAUGAUCCUAAGUUGUCUAAGAUGAAGAAAGAAGUGGUUGUUGGUGUUAAGGAUACUAAAGAAGUUGACAAUGAUUUCUUCCUUGUGGUUGUUAAAAUCUUUGAUCAUCAGGGUCCUCUUACAUCAACAUUUCCCAUUGAGAACCGAAAUAAUCUGGUGACAAUGAAGGCGCUGAAGAGUCAUCUUGAUCGGUCAAAAAACCUUCCUUUUGUGAAGCGAAUUUCGGAUUUUCAUCUCCUUCUUGUAUUGGCAAGGGUUUUGGACCUGGCUGCCGAUGUUCCCGCACUGACAGAAUGUGUGCAGACCCAGACUUCGGUACCGGAAGGCUACCAGAUCCUUAUUGAGUCCAUGGCCAGUGCUGCUUGAUUCUGUAUGCAGGUUCUCUGUUCUUAUUUAUCAAUGUUCAGGUUCAACACGGCGCUGCGGGAAUAUGGUGCAUUUUGCCCUUUAUAAUCAUCGAUCUAGAAUGAAUGAAUGGUUGAAUGUUGGUAACUUGUACAUUGCUUCUUAUAGCUUUCUGCCCAUUGGAUCUUUCCUUUUACCUGAAAAAUGAGCUGAUGUUUGAUUCAAA